UGUAAAAACAUCAAAGACUUCCCAAAUGUUCCUGACAGUAUUGUAGAGUUGAAUUUGAGCAAGACAGGUAUAGAGGAGGUUCCUCCAUGGAUUGAGAAGCUAUUUCGUCUGCGUAAGCUAAGUAUGUUUGGAUGCGAGAAGCUGAAAACUAUAUCUCCGAACAUUUCCAAGUUGGAGAAUCUUGAGGUUCUUGCUCUGAGUAGAGUUUACCGCUGGGACGAGGAUCCUGAGUAUUACGAUUUCAUCAAUUACAAUGAAGCAAUAAUCGAGUGGGGGUCUGAAAUGAAGCGACGUUGGAGUUUAGAAACAGACUUCGAUUUUGACUACAUUUUGCCGAUAUGUCUACCCGAAAAGGCCCUUACAUCUCCAAUAUCAUUACGUUUCGGCCAUGAGGGUUUCGAGACUAUUCCAAAUUGCAUCAGACGUCUGUCCGGACUAAUUAAUCUUGACAUCACAGAAUGCAGCGAGCUCGUAGCACUUCCACAGCUUCCAGGCUCCCUUCUAUCUAUAGAUGCACACGGUUGUGAAUCUUUGAAGAGUAUAGACUCCUCCUCUUUUCAAAAUCCGAACAUUUGCCUAGACUUUGCUCGCUGCUUCAACCUGAAUCAAGAAGCUCGAAAGCUCAUCCAGACAUCAGCUUGCAAAUAUGCGCUCUUACCGGGUGAAGAAGUGCCUGCACACUUCACUCACCAAGCUACUUCAGGCUGCCUAACGAUCAAUAUGGCUCCAACACCUCUUCCUUCAUCCUUCAGAUUCAAAGCUUGCAUCUUGCUGUCAAAAGGCAAUACUGAUCUCGCGGAUCAUAAUGAUGAGGAUAAGAAUUCGUUUACGGGUAUAUCUUGUCGCAUCGGGGGUAAACAGAAUGGCCACACUGUCCCAUAUGGAUCAGACCAGCUCCAUCGUAUGCCAGUUCCAUAUCUAUUGCAAGAGCAUCUUUAUAUAUUUGAAGAUUCGUUCUCUCUAAACCAGGAUUGUCCUGAAGCCGAAGAAGCCACUUUCAACGAGCUUUUUUUCAAGUUCAGAGUCCAUGAUGAAGGAUGGAAGGUUAAAGGCUGCGGUGUACAACUUUUGGAGGAGGUCCCUCAAUGUAUUCUUGACGGAAAAGAAACUGAAGACGAAGAAUGUAGGGGAAUAAACAUAGAGGCAAACAAUGAAAAUGCAGGUGAUGAGGAUAAAGAAAAGGAAGAUGAUGAUGAUAAUAGUGGUGAAGGUGUUGAUGUUGAGGAGGAUAUAGAUGGUAACGACGCUGGAUUUUCUGAUGCAGGAAUGGACAUAAACAUAGAAGCAAACAAUGAAACUGAAGAAGAAGGAGAAGAAUCUGGUCGUGAUGUGGAUUCAGAGACAAUGAUCAGGAAACGAAAGAGUUUAGGCAUUGGCUCGUCUGAGAACUCGUUGAUAACGAUGAUGAAGAGGAUGAGAAUUCAUUGACGCGUGUGUCUUGUAGUUGGGGGUAAACAGAAUAGCCUCAGUGUCUCAUAUGGAUCAAACCAGCGCGAUAUGCCUUAUCUAUAUGGAUACGAAGAAGUAUCAGGACGU